AUUCCCCCCUCACCUGCGAGCUUAUCAACAGGUUCCCAAGGGGUCACAAUAUUAAUGCAAUACAUCUCUCUGUCUCUUGUCUCUGCAGGAAAAGAAGAGUAUGUUGCAACCUUCAAAGGAUCUGAGUUCUUCUGCUACGACUUAUCCUUGAACCCGAUUCAAAGCAGCAGUGAUGAAAUCACAUUGUCAUUCAAAACGCUCCAGAGGAAUGGACUGAUGCUGCACACGGGCAAAUCAGCUGAUUACGUCAACCUGGCACUGAAAAAUGGGGCAGUCUCACUCGUCAUUAAUUUGGGGUCUGGAGCCUUUGAAGCUCUUGUGGAGCCAGUCAAUGGGAAGUUUAAUGACAAUGAUUGGCAUGAUGUCAAAGUAACAAGGAAUCUACGUCAGGUAACAAUAUCCGUGGAUGGAAUUCUGACCACCACGGGAUAUACACAAGAAGACUACACCAUGCUAGGCUCCGAUGACUUUUUCUAUGUUGGAGGGAGCCCUAGCACAGCUGACCUGCCUGGAUCUCCAGUUAGCAACAACUUCAUGGGUUGCCUCAAGGAGGUUGUGUACAAAAACAAUGAUGUAAGGCUUGAGUUGUCCAGGCUGGCCAAGCAAGGUGAUCCCAAGAUGAAGAUCCAUGGCACUGUGGCCUUUAAGUGUGAGAAUGUGGCCACUCUGGACCCUAUCACAUUUGAGACGCCCGAAUCUUUCAUCAUUCUCAACAAGUGGAAUGCUAAGAAGACAGGGUCCAUCUCCUUUGACUUUCGCACCACAGAGCCCAAUGGCCUUCUGCUUUUUAGCCAUGGGAAGCCCAAGCAGCAGCCAAAGGAUUCCAAGAAUCCCCAGACAUUCAAGGUGGACUUCUUUGCCAUUGAGAUGCUGGAUGGUCAUCUGUACUUGUUGCUUGAUAUGGGAUCAGGAACCACAAAGACCAAGGCAGUUAAUAAGAAAGUCAAUGAUGGCGAGUGGUACCAUGUGGACUUCCAGAGGGAUGGAAGAUCAGGUACCAUCUCUAUCAAUACCCUUCGUACUGCCUACACAGCCCCUGGAGACAGUGAGAUCCUGGACUUGGAUGACAAUCUCUAUCUCGGGGGCCUGCCAGAGAACAAAAUGGGGCUGGUGUUCCCCACUGAGGUGUGGACGGCGUUGCUCAACUAUGGCUAUGUGGGCUGCAUCAGAGAUUUAUUUAUUGAUGGCCAGAGUAAAGAUGUUCGACGCCUGGCAGAAGUGCAAAAGGCUACCGGGGUCAAACCCUCAUGCUCCAAAGAGCCUCCAAAACAGUGUCUGAGCAACCCCUGCCAAAACAAUGGGAUCUGUAGAGAGGGUUGGAACCGCUAUGUGUGUGACUGCUCUGGGACUGGAUACUUAGGACGCUCCUGUGAAAGAGAGGCCACUAUCCUCAGCUAUGAUGGCAGUAAGUUUAUGAAGGUCCAGCUUCCGGUGGUGAUGCACACAGAGGCUGAGGAUGUGUCUCUUAGAUUCCGCUCCCAGCGAGCCUAUGGGAUCCUGAUAGCCACCACAUCUCGGGAAUCUGCUGACACCUUACGUCUAGAGUUGGAAAGUGGCCGAGUACGACUGAUGGUCAAUCUAGGCAAAGGUCCUGAGACUAUUUUUGCUGGUCAGAAUCUGAACGAUAAUGAGUGGCACACUGUGCGUGUGUUCAGAAGAGGCAAGAGUUUGAAACUGACCGUUGAUGAUCUUCCUGCUGUAGAAGGUCAAAUGGCAGGUGACCACACCCAGCUGGAGUUCCACAACAUUGAGACAGGCAUUGUGACAGAGAAGCGCUUCAUGUCCAUGGUGCCCUCCAACUUCAUUGGCCACCUCCAGAGCCUUUCCUUCAAUGGAAUGGCCUAUAUAGACCUUUGUAAAAAUGGGGACAUUGAUUACUGUGAGCUCAAUGCCAUGAUUGGCUUCAAGAACAUCAUUGCUGACCCGAUCACCUUCAAGUCGCGGUCCAGUUAUGUGACUCUCACCACUCUGCAGGCCUACUACUCCAUGCACCUUUUCUUUCAGUUCAAAACCACCUCCCCAGAUGGCCUCAUCCUGUAUAACAGUGGAGAUGGAAAUGACUUUAUUGUGGUGGAGCUAGUCAAAGGUUACCUGCACUAUGUCUCUGACUUGGGGAAUGGAGCCCACUUAAUUAAAGGCAACUCAAAUAAACCCUUGAGUGACAACCAGUGGCACAAUGUCAUAAUCUCCAGGGACACCAACAAUCUGCAUACUGUCAAGAUUGAUACUAAGAUUACUACACAGACAACUACAGGAGCCAAAAAUCUGGACCUAAAGGGCAACCUUUAUAUUGGUGGAGUGGCCAAAGAAAUGUACAAAGAACUUCCUAAACUGGUGCAUGCCAAGGAGGGAUUCCAGGGUUGUUUGGCAUCCGUGGAUCUGAAUGGGCGCCUCCCAGAUCUGAUGUCAGAUGCUCUGGACUGUGUGGGACAGAUAGAGAGAGGAUGUGAA